CGCUACGCGCAUCUCCUCAUUCCUCGCUCGCUACUCGCGCCCAACGCACGUCCCGCGUUUGUGUUUGUUCCAACCCAGUGUUCGUGUUCAGUGAUAGUCACAAUGAAAGCGAUAACAGCAGUGUGCGCGACCGGCGCCUCCGUCCCGGCAAUCGCCAGCGGCCGAGUGCAGCGGCACCGCGACGGCGAGAAUGCCGAGAUCCAGAUGUACCUCUCCAAGCUGCAGGAUCUGGUGCCCUUCAUGCCCAAGAACAGAAAGAUCUCCAAGUUGGAGGUGAUCCAGCACGUGAUCGACUACAUCUGCGACCUUCAGUCGGCGCUGGAGAACCACCCCGCCAUGGAGCAGUUCGACGCAGAGGGCGCUUUGGCGGCUCCGCCGUGCGCCGCGGCGCCGCAGCCUCGCGCGCACCGGCGCCCGCUCGGGCCCCGCGCCGCGCCCAACACCUUCCUGCGCCAGACAACCCCUAGCCAGGAGCACAGAAAUCAAAUUGUAAGUGUCUAUAUUUUUACCAACUCUACUUUUUCUCCUCAACAAAUUAUUUACUUGCCCUAGCUAGUUAUUAACAAAUAAAGUACCGUAAUAAUCCAUUACAGCCUUAGAUCUUAUAAAUAGACCGCGCUAUUAAAACUAACUGACUACUAACGCUUAUGUGGAUCAUUAAUUUCCGAGUAGAAAGUUUACUCACCA